AUGUCUUAUUCAAACAAAAGAACCAGAAGUUCUACUGACUUGUCUUCUUUCAAAUGCAAUUUCUGUAGCUUGACUUACCCUACUAGCAAGCAACUUCGCAAUCACAAGUGUAUUCACAAAACAGUCAAUGCUCCUGUUGCUAAAGAGAACUUACAAAAACCAGCUGUUACAUACUUUCCAAACAUAAAUAUUUAUAACCCUAAUUAUCUGUUACAGUUCCAUUUGAUCCUUUCCAGUCAAAAACCUUUAAAGCAUCUUGCAACUUUGAAGCUGGUGACCAAGGACAUGUCUACAACAACAACAUCUUUACCAACAAUAUCUUCACGACAUCCGAGCUAUUCAGCAUCUGUGUGGUAUUUCAGAGCUUUAGGACUUCUUACUAAAUUAGCUCCAUAUCGAUCUGACACAGUUUACCCGGCAGUAUGA